GCCAACCGCAAUAAAAACAAGACGAAGAAGAAGCAACUGCUAGCUACCAGGUUAAACUAUAUUUACGCUGUGUGACAGUAGUCAAGAACUAUAAGAUUUGUUGAAAAAAGCGCCGAAAGGUAUAUUUUGACAAUUACUGAUGUAUUGGUGUUACGCUGGGUCAUAUCGUUCUGUGUUGAGUGGCUAACUAUAAAAAAGGAAGCCAUGAACUUCCAGAGUAGCCGGAGAAGGGGAGAGGAUGGCGUCGCCAUGGUGCUUGACUUCCUGCUGUCUAAUGCUCGACUGGUUCUGGGAGUUGGAGGAGCUGCCAUGCUAGGAAUUGCUACGCUGGUAGUGAAACGGCUGAUAGAGCGUGCUGGCCAUGCAGCAGAGGAGGAAAAGGUGGAGCAGAAGAUGGCAGAAAGCUGGGAAGAGUUGAGUUUGGUUUCUGCUUCACCUACACUGAUCAGGAAGGGCAUAGAGGGUGUGGUGAUGAAACAUGUUGCCAAGGCAGCAAAGCAGAAAAAAGCUGACCUUUCCCAUCAACCAGAAGAGUCCUCUCUGGAGGUGCAGUCAAAGCCUGAACCUAAAUUGAAGAGAAUCCAGCUGUCUGUCCUCACUUUGCAGGACCGACUCCAGCAGUUCUAUCACACAAGGGCGGCUCUAGCUCCACGUGAGGUCCAGAGGGCUCAGACUCUGGCGCUGGACAUCUGCACUGAGAUCCAGGGCUUUCUGCACAACCGCCACCCUGAUAUGCCUCUGGGAGAAAUGAGCCUUGGAGGUUCACUACUGGAUGACCUGCAGGUGGUCAGUGCAGACCAUGCGUGCCUGCUGGUGCCUCUGCAGCUAGAAGCUUCCCUGUGGCGUCUCAUUCCGGGAGAAGAAACACUGCUCACGCACCCGCUGCACUGGAUGGUCCGACGAAUCAAUCUAGAAUAUUUUCCCAAAGGCCGGAGUUACUGGGACAGGUACCUGGUGGGUGGUUAUCUGUCAUCAGAAGCUGUAGUAAACAUGUUUAGUAAAUGUGUCUUGGAAACGAUGAACUGGCCGUCAAUCAGCAGUACUAUGGACUGUAUCGUCAGACCUGUUCUGGGAGGACCAGACCUGAUACUGGAGAUCCGGCCUGGAGACGACAAAGGAGCAGCACACUGCAGUGAUCAGCCUCUGUUCAUCUCCAUGUUGCCUGUGCUGAGGGAGGGGGACGUGGUCCUGACCGCUGAGCCAGACCUCACCUCUCCCUGGGUCAACGCCUGGCACCUCUCACUCUACCCGUGGGAGACGCAGCGUCUGGCUCAGCUCGACUCGGCUGAUGAUGGAUGCCGCAGACACACGCUUAAAGUCCUGAAGGCCGUGUGCAGACUGAGCCCCGCCUUGCGACCGCUUGAAGCUGCGCCGCUGGCCAAUCUCAUCCUGCACCUCAGUGAUGGUGAGGGAGACUGGUCUGAAGUCAGCCUGGAUGUGAGGUUCCAGCAGUGUAUCACAGAGCUGAUUGGCUACCUUGAACAAGGGGCAUUGCACAGUUACUUCAAACCAGCUGUCAAUUUGCUAAGCAGCUUGUCAGAGGACCAGGUGGACCAGAUGGGCUUCAUGCUCUACUGUGCUGUGUCAGAGCCUGAAAUAUUGUUUAUAUAACUCCUUGCAGACACAAUCUUCAGACUUGCUCUCACACACAUGCAGCUCAAUGAUCCUUUGAUGUUUGCUUCUAGAAAAAUACAAUUCUUCCCACUGCCUUCUUUCCGUGUUUCCCUUCUCCAUCGUGCUUUGUUGCAAGGGUACAGGGCACCGUGGACUGACGUCUACACUAGAGGCCGAUGCAACAAGGAGGCUGAAGACGUGAAAGUGACAGCUGAUUUAUUGCAAUAUUCACAGACGCCUGCCAAUGAAAGGUGUCGAGGGAUGUUCAGAUCUCUGGAAUGAUUCCUCAGGAUGUGCCAGGUCAUGACUCCCCACACUGAAUACAGUCAAGUAAAUAUUCAGCUUAGUGUGAUUAGUAUUUUUAUAGGGAGUCAGUUUAUUAAAUGAAACAAGUUCAUCGAAAUUGAUGGUGUCUGUUUAUCUUUUUGCUAAGUUGCCUUUAAUAUAAUGUCACUUAUGCAGAUAAAUAAUUAGCAAUCAGGGUUUCCUGCACAUGUACUAUUCAGUGUGUGAGUGUGAGGUGGAUUUCUGUCUCUCAGCAUGUGUAUUUUACCUUCAAACAGGGGAAAAGUGCAAUUUUGAUGUCCUAUUCAGUGUUCAGCCUAUAGCCAACCACGUUUGGGGAAACUAACUUUGUAAAUCACAAACAAUGUUGCCUUAAAGUUUUAUGCAUUUGCUUUUAAACAAAAUGUAAAUAUUUCUUCAGUUGUGUUGCUGAGUGAAAGAAAAAUAAGUUUUCAGUGAAAAUGCAAAUAAAAGUUGAUCAGUUGCUUGUAAA